CCGUCGGUUAGUCGCGAAAGUACUGGGACAAUCCCCUACUUGCUAUAAAUACCAAACACGUUCCCUCUCGUCACAGAACAUUUCCGUGUAAAAAUUUCUCGAUAUCCAAACAGAGUUCUUAAGGCUCCCACAGAUCACAUCCCUUAAUUCUUUCCUUGAAUUCCGAUCGCAUAUCAAACCUCGCAGCAAGUAAGAUGUCGAUGAUCCCAAGCUUCUUCGGCAACCGACAAGGCAGCAGCAUCUUCGAUCCCUUCUCUCUCGACCCCUUCAGAAACUUUCCAUUCUCGGAAUUUUCGCAGGAAAAUUCCGCAAUCGCCAAAGCCCACGUGGAUUGGAAGGAAACACCGGAAGCUCACUUGAUCAAGGCCGAUCUACCGGGGCUGAAGAAGGAGGAAGUGAAGGUGGAGAUCGAGGACGACAGAGUUCUGCAGAUUAGCGGACAGAGAAAGGUGGAGAAGGAGGAGAAGAGCGAUACUUGGCACAGGGUUGAGCGAAGCAGCGGGAAGUUCAUGAGGAGGUUUAGGCUGCCGGAAAACGCGAAGAUGGAUCAAGUGAAAGCUUCCAUGGAGAACGGAGUCCUGACUGUUACGAUUCCGAAGGAGGAAGUCAAGAAGCCUGAAAUCAAGUCUAUUGAUAUCUCCGGCUAGAAUUUAGAGCCUAUCUAUAGACUGUAUUGUGAAUGUUGCAUUGUUCUUAAUAUGGGUUUGUGUGUGCAUCAGUCUGUGUAGUGUUUUGUGGUUCAGUGUGUCUAAACCUUGCUUCGUAAUGUAGUUGCUAUGUUUACCAACGAUUCAGUGAUAAUUUUGAGUGUUCUUGUUGAAUAACUUGAGUUGUCUGGAAUGAUAAUUUUCAUUCAAAAAUGAUGCUAUUA